CAAUUGUUGAAGGGAAAAGAUCUCUGCAGCGGAGAGUUGAAAAUUUCUUUGACUCUUUUUAAGGGAAUUGAAAUCGAACGUUUUACACCGUGAAAGCACUGCGCUUGCCCCGCCCCUGACCCCCCUCCCGCCCGCAGCCACGGCAUGGCGGCGUCGGCGGCGUCCCUGGAGCCCGGCAUGAGCCUGCUGGUGACGGCGGAGGCCCUCGUCAUGAGCCUGGCCUGCAUGAACGGCUUCGUGGCCAACGUGAUGGCCAUCGUGGCCGCCGCCUUCUCGCCGCACCUGCGCCACGCCAGGGUCUACGUCAUCAACCGCGCCGUCGCCGACAUCCUGAUCCUCCUGCCGGUGCCCCUGGACGUGGCGUCGCACCUGCAGGACUCGUGGGUGUUCAGCCCCGUCCUGUGCAAGCUGCGCUGCGCCCUGGCCUACGCCGGCCUGCUGGCCAGCUCCUCCCUGCUGGUGGGCCUCGCCCUGGAGGUCUACGUGGCCCUCGCGCGCCCCUGCGCCUCCAGGAAGUUCCACUCGGCGCUGGCCAAGGUGGUGUGCACCCUCGUGUGGGCGGCCUUCCUCGUGGUCCUGCUGCCGAUCCUCAUCCAGUCGGAGGUCCUGAAGGAGGUGUCCCGCCCUCGCUUCCACUGCGUGUCGCUGCCCCUGUCCCUGGCCACGCCCGCGGGCCACGUCCUCCGCUUCCUCGCCGUCGUGGUGGCCUUCCUGGUGCCCCUGCUGGCGUGCUGGCUCCUCGUGCGCCUCACGGCCUCCUCCAGGUGGCAGCACGUGGUGGGCGUGGCGGAGAGCCCGGCCAAGGGGCAGCCCGUCGGCCUGUGGCACCCGCGCAAGUUCCAGCUGUACCUCGUGGGCGUGUUCACGGCGUGCCACCUGCCCUACUGGUUGCCGCAGCUCCUGAAGGAGAGCCUGCGGGAGGGCGUCGUCAGCGAGACGGCCAUGGCCCUCUUCCCGGCCACCAUGUGCCUGCCCGCCGUCUGCGCCGCCGUCAACCCGGUCGUCUGCCUCCUGUUCAACAAGGCCCUGAAGAAGAGGAUGCUGGGCGAGAGGGCGGAGGCCGUGGCGCGCGAACAGCCGGCCAUCCCGCUGCAGCCGCUCUGACCGCCUCGCCCCUUGCCCCUCCCUCCUUCCCUCCUUCCCUCUCU